CUUUUUCGUAAUCUACCAAUAAAAGGUCACAAGUCUCCGUCCCUCCUCCGUUUGGAGAAAACGCUCUCAGCASUCGUCGAGGCGGAGUUCAUUCAAUUCCCAACAUUCCCUUUGUUUGAUUUCUGCAGGCAUGGCCAGAAACAUCGGGUUUAUGGUUCCUCUUCUUCUUUCGUUAUUUAUAUGUGAAGCUGCGAUCUUUCGUCCGAUCACGGAUAGUCACCGAUCUGCUGCUUUGGAGCUGUUUAUGCCGGACGAUGGAUCCUACGGAAGCUUAGAAGAAAUAUACGAGGCGUUAAGAACAUUUCAGAUCCUUGGCAUAGAAAAGAAUGUUGACCUCAGUAGAGCCACAUGUCUUCUCAUUGUCGAGAAGCUUAGUUCAUCAUCUUCGAGUACCAAAGAUUUGUUUUAUGCCUUGAGGGUUAAUAGCAUAUUGAAGUGUGAUAUUAAUGCCGAAGUUUUUGAGGGCACUAUUUCAAAACUUCAAACCAUUAUUAAGGAUGCAAAUUCAUUGCUGGAUUUCUACCACUCAAUCGGAGGUUUGGUACUUAUGAAGGGUGAGGAUUCUAAAAUCAAUGUUCAUCUGGCAGAUGCAGAUGGAGUUUUGCAUUCUAUUAAGGCUCUCAGUCAAAGUGAUGGAAGAUGGCACUACAGUUCUAAUUCCAAUAUUGCUGAAUCUAGCACUUAUGCUGCUGGGAUAGCACUGGAAACAAUUGCUGGAAUAGUUUCAUUAGCAUCCUCUGAGGUUGAUCAAUCAAUGAUUGCUACAGUGAAGAAUGACAUUACCAAGCUUUUUGACAGUGUUGAGAGUUAUGGUGAUGGGGCCUUGUACUUUGAUGAUAAACUUGAGGACCAGGGCACUCUUUCAACUACGUCAUCAGUAGUACGUGGAGUAACAUCAUUUGCUUCUGUUACAUCUGGGAGACUGAAUCUUCCUGGAGAUAAAAUUGUUGGUUUAGCAAAGUUCUUCCUUGGCAUUGGAGUUCCUGGCACUGCCAAGGACUUGUUUGACCAGUUAGACUCAUUAGCUUGUUUAGAGAAAAACAGUGUUGCUAUUCCACUGAUUUUAUCACUUCCAGCUACUGUUCUUUCAUUGACCAAAAACGACCAUCUGAAGGUUAAGGUCAAUACUGUGCUGGGCUCCAAUUCACCUCCUCUGACAGUGAGACUUGUCCGUGUGUUCAGAUCUGAUUCAAAAGAAACCUCUGUUGUUGAGAACCAGGAACUCAAGUUUGACCCUGAAAGCUCAGUCCAUUCCUUGGAUGUCUUGCCACAGACUGUUGAUGUUGGGAAGUACAUAUGUGUUUUUGAGGUUGUGCAUCAUGAUCCUGAUAAUGAAAAAAUGUAUGCCACUGGAGGCCAAUCUCAAGUACCAAUAUAUAUUACAGGAUUAAUUAAAAUUGACAGUGCAGAAAUUACUAUCCUGGAUAGUGAUGUUGGGAGCAUAGAGACCAAACAAAAGCUAGAUUUCUCUGGAGAAACUGCAGUAUCACUAUCAGCGAAUCAUCUGCAGAAGUUGCGUCUAUCCUUUCAAAUGACUACUCCUCUUGGAAAUGCCUUUAAGCCACAUCAGGCAUUUCUCAAGUUGAUACACGAAAGCAAAGUUGAGCAUAUCUUUGUGUUGGGAAACAGUGGAAAACAGUUUGAGAUAAUCCUAGAUUUUCUUGGUCUGGUGGACAGAUUGUACUACCUAUCAGGAAGAUAUGACAUUCAACUCACAAUUGGCGAUGCUUCGAUGGAGAACUCGUUCUUAUGGGCUCUAGGCCAUGUUGAUUUAGAUCUACCAGAGGCACCAGAAAAGGCUAAACGCCCUCCUCCACAACCUGCUGAUCCUUACAUGAGAUAUGGGCCCAAACAGGAGAUAACCCACAUCUUCAGGUUACCUGAGAAGCGUCCGCCACAGGAUCUUUCUCUUGCCUUCUUGGCUCUUACACUUUUACCACUAAUUGGAUUCUUAGCAGGACUGUUACGUCUUGGGGUGAACCUAAAAAAUUUCCCAGGAUCAGCGGUACCAGCUACAUUUGCCAUCCUCUUCCAUGUUGGCAUUGCGGCGGUUUUGCUACUUUAUGUGCUUUUCUGGUUGAAGUUCAAUUUGUUCACAACUUUGAAAUUACUCGGAUUCUUGGGAGCCUUCCUGCUGUUUGUGGGACAUCGGACUCUCUCUUACCUUGCCUCGACAUCAGCCAAGUUGAAAUCUGCUUAGUGAGACUACUAAAUUUUGUUGUAGGGCCUCUUAGAAAUUAAAUUAACUCUAGUGCUGCCAGAAUUUUCCUCUGUAAAACUGGUCCAAAAAAAUCUGUAGAAGUAAAAUGAAAAUUUCCAGGAAAAAAAGUGUUUUUAUUUCAACUCUUGAAGGAGAAUAGACAAAGGGGGUGAUUUAAAGUUGAUAUUGAAGAUUAUAGCUUACAUUGGCCUUGUUUAUGGAAUUUGUAGCAAGUGUAGAAUUGAAUCA